UCUCCUCCGUUGAUCAUAGGGAAAAAGAAAAGUAAAGCAAAGCAAUGCCAGCGUCUUCAGCGUUUGAUUCGUCUCCAAUCCGCGAUGGUGCUCCGCCCGUCCGGAACUUCAGCCUCUCCAAUCUCCCUGUGGUGCGCCAGAUCGUAGAUCUCGUCUACGACCCCGACAAGAAGGCCCAGGUCGAUCGCGAUGGCUACGCGGAGGAGAUCGAUCUCGGCGAGAAGCCCGCGAUGAUGCGGCGGCAGUGGUCCGUGGAGGAUUUCGCCACCAUCAGCGAUGGGCAGCAUCUUGGCCGCUGCCCCUACUCGUCCGUGGUGAAGAAUCCGGGCGUGCCCUACGAGUUCCAGAUGCCGCUCCACUACCCGCGCUUUAGCAAGCAGCAGUACGCCACCAUGCCCGAGUGGCAGAUCGAUCGGCUGCUCGAGGAGUAUGGGCUGCCCGCGUCGGCCAUGGGCACUCUCGAGGAGAAGCGCGAGUACGCCGUGGGCGCCUUUCUCUGGCGCGAUCAGAGCAGCAACUAGAGGGAAAGUAUCCCUGAUGUGUUCUUUCCUUGCGAGUGGAUUCUUUUUGUUUGUUUGAGUGAAAGAAGGUUUCAAAGGUUUAGGUCGAUUUUCGGCCAGUGUAAAUUCCUGAGAGAUGAAUAAAAGGAUCCGUCUCGACCUUGCUGUA